GCAGGUUCAAUCUCUAUAAUUCGAUAUAAAUUAUCGUUCAAGCUUUCAUAAUGUCAGUGAGAUGAGAGCAGCUUGGACAAAAUCUGCCAAGAUGGAUAAAUAUUUCUGCAUUGCAAUCUUAUUCUCGUUUGCUGUUGCUAUCAAUGCAUCAUUAUUCAAUGGAUUAUUGGAGGGUUCAGGAGAUACUUGCGCUGGGACCGGUGAAUGCACAGAAACAAAUGAAGUUUGCUUUGAAACAGAUAAUAACCAAUGCUGGUGUCCAGCUGGAUUUACAGGAGACGACUGCACAGAACCGAACACUGAUUUCAUCGACGAAAGAUGCCGGCCACCAACGUUACCAGACUAUCCUUGUUCUACUAAAGGUGUGAACUACUGCUCCCGGGGUUGUUCCGAUGGGACUAUAUGCUGUUCAGUAGGAUGUGUCAUAGCGUGUGUAGAUCUUCCCGAGAAAACCUGCACAACAACCGCGAAUUGUUCGGCAAAUAAUGUGUGCACUCAAGACGAGUUCGUAAAUGUUUGUCGAUGUCCACUUGGAUAUACAGGAGAAGAUUGUAUGGAACGACAAGAUGGCAUCGACGACAGAUGUCCCCUUCCCGAUAAUCUGAUUGAUGUUUGCGUGGCUUCCCAAGUAGACAACCAGUGUUCUGAAGAUAACCCAUGUCCGGAUAGAGAAAUAUGCUGCCCAGGAGCAAAUGGAUGUUCAACCAACUGUAUUCCAAUAGAAAAAACCUGCACAACAACCGCGAAUUGUUCGGCAAAUAAUGUGUGCUCUCAAGACGAGUCCGUAAAAGUUUGUCGAUGUCCACUUGGAUAUACAGGAGAUGAUUGUAUGGAACGACAAGAUGGCAUCGACGACAGAUGUCCCCUUCCCGAUAAUCUGAUUGAUGUUUGCGUGGCUUCCCAAGUAGACAACCAGUGUUCUGAAGAUAAUCCAUGUCCGGAUGGAGAAAUAUGCUGCCCAGGAGCAAAUGGAUGUUCAACCAACUGUAUUCCAAUAGGCUGUAAAGACCCCGUUGAUCAUAAAACAUGCACCGACCAGAACAAAAUCUGCAUAGAUGACGAUUCUACUGCCGGUUUCGAUUGUAAAUGUCCUUUCGGAUACAGCGGGGCCAUGUGUGCCACACGAAUUGCCGGUUUUGAUGAGAAAUGUCCUUUUCCCGAAGUUCCUGGAGAUACUUGUAAUGAGAUUGAAACUCCAACCUGUACGAAAGCUGACGAUUGUGAAGACGAUAAAGUAUGCUGUUCUACAGGUUGUGGAACGGCUUGUGUGGAUCUUUCAGAUCCAAAACCGAAAGGAAAGAAACCAAAAUUACCAGUGGCACCAGUUGGUUGCCCACCAAAGCGAUGUGUUUGUUCAAAGAACCUCGGUGCAAUUUGUAAACCAAAUAAAAGGGGUUGCGGCGCCAAUAUUCGUGAUCAACACACUGGAAAACGCAUCACACAAUAUUGCAAAUGCGAUCCAUGGUAUCAGAUAUACAGCCCUUGCUCCAAGAACAAAUGUUUCGACGUGAAUGGAAAUGCAUUAGUGUGCCCAGGUCAUCCGAACGCUAGAUGUCGCGUGACUCAGUGUGGAAGAUGCCAGGCAUAUUGGAUCGAUAUUCAUACAGGAAAACAGGUCAAGUGCAAGAGAGGACAACCAGAUGCAGCAUGUGGACCCGGAGAGAUUCCGGUUCUAGGAUGUCCAGAUGUAUGUCAACAUAUUAAGUGCUCGAAUUAUCCGUAUGCAACUUGUAGAGUUCGAGCUUGUAAUGGGUGCACGGCAAAGUACACCUACCUGGGAAGAGAUGUCACGUCAGAUUGUCAUCAAGUCGUGGGAUAAGAAUGACUGUUAACACUCACACUGGACUGGAAAACACUUUGAAACAAAAAAACUAUUUUGAGCUAAUAACUCUGAUUUAUUCAAAAACACAACAAACUUUACUGGAAAAUUCAGUUUAAAUUUAUAAAAUAAAAAUUAGAAUAUUAAACCAGGGGGGUUGCCCCCAUCCCCUUAAAAUGUAAAUAAACCUAUUUUGGUACUCCCGAAAUAUGUGAAUCAACGAAGUAUGUGUACUGGGUUGGAGUUGGACCAUAAUUUUAUUCCCAUUUCAUUAUUUCAGUUCCAUACCGCGUUCAGGGACUAGCCAAAUGACUCCCAUAUCAUUUGUACCUGAAAUUACGGCCUGAACCUGGUACCCAUACUAUGUUCCGGUGUCCAUCGUCUUGGUUCACAUAUUCCGGGAGUACCCCCAUUUUUCUGUUUCAUACACAGAAAUCUUUUGCAGAUUGAAACGGUUUUUGACCCUCAAGAGUCAAGACCAUUAAAAUCCCACGAGUCAAGAAUCUUGAAACACACCCGGACCUGCUUGCUUUUACGGUCAAACUUGGUCAUUAGGAAUUUCAGAACACCAAUUUUAAAAUUACUGGCCACGCCCCUGUAAUCAGCUCCGGGCAAAAUGAAGUCAAAUCGCCCAGACGACUACACAAUAAACCUGAAAAUACCCUUUUUCUUGCCGUUUUCUUAAAUCCAUUCAUGCAAGGCAUGGUUCAUUCACACACAAAACUUUUUUUACCCAUGAUGUCCUAAAACUUCCCUUGAGGUUUUUUAGAAUUUCUCUAUUCAUCGAGAUGGAGCUAAAGGGUAAAUCGAGAUCAAUAAAUUACGUGUGCGAUCUGAUGCAAAAUCUUUACAAAUUUCCUGUGUUAUGAAUGUGUUUAAAGUAAAUAGUUUGCAUUGUAAUGUAUAUUGAUAAAAAAUGUAGUAUUCAUAUACCUUAUGUAUAUGCUUUGUUACUUAUUUGCCUUCCAGAAGAGUUGCAUUUUCGUUGUUUUUAUGAACUUCAACUGUUCAUGAUUAAUCAUCGUAUUCUCAUUUACGGUUCUUUCAUUGCAGGCAGAAUAUUUUAAUAAAUACAUUGUUUGGUGAAGUAUUGCUAA